AUCAACGGAAGGAUCAAUCGGGCCAUAGAACACGUUGAACAAAUGAUUGGAACAUCAAAAGGAUGAGAUUACAGUAACACAACUGAUAUCCAAAAAUAGAACCACGGAUUUUUUUAAAGAAGGAAACGCCAAGCAAAACGUUCGACCUCCUGCAAGCUCUCUCCAUCCUCCCCUUGAAGAAAAAAAUUCAUUACAACAACAAAAAGAAGAACAGAGAGAUCCGAAAUUGAUUGAUGAAAGCGGCAAGAAUCUGGAGACCUGAAGAGCCCGAACCCAAGAUCACCAAGCUCGUGAGGCCGCCGGGGAUGCCAAGUCCGUCGAGAAUUGCCGUCUCCGUUCCGAUACUGUUGUACUGGCUGGUACAUGUGGCACUGAUCGACAGUGUCGAUUGCCUGCCCGAAGAUCGUCGCCAUUCCGGAUCACUCGUCUCGAGAUCUAAUACUGAUGCUGAUUCUCAUAAUAAGGUCCUUGUCGACAUACUCUUCAAGCCUUCCUCUUGUCCUCUCGUAUCUCAAGUUGACGACCAAUUAGCGGUGACCUAUGUUGGAACACUGACUGAAACCGGAAAACAAUUCGACGCUUCGCAGGACCCCAAAGAUCCAUUUGUCUUCACACUCGGCGUCGGAGAGGUUAUUCUAGGAUGGGAUCAAGGAAUGUUGGGGAUGUGUGAAGGAGAAAAAAGGGUAUUGAAAAUCCCAUCGGAGUUGGGUUAUGGACAUCGUGGUGCCGGGGCCGAUAUUCCGCCAGAUGCAUCUUUAACAUUCCGUGUUGAAUUAAUCGAAAUCCAAAACCGGAAAUCUGAUCUUAAUCAACUCGAGAUUCAGACGACUUAUCAACCUGCUUCAUGUCCGAUAAAAUCUGAGAAUGGCGACCAAAUGGCUAUGACAUAUGUUGGAACGCUCAAGUCUAAUGGGGCCCAAUUCGAUGCUAUCAAGACUCCCGAUAGUCCAUUCGAAUUCAAACUUGGAGCGGGACAGGUUAUCGAGGGAUGGGACCAAGGUUUAAAAGAUAUGUGUGUUGGCGAGCGAAGGAAACUGGUGAUCCCUGCCUCUAUGGCCUAUGGUGCUUAUGGAGACUCGUCUUCCAAUCCACCGAUCCCUCCUAAUGCUGAUCUGGUUUUUGAUACGGAGCUCAUCGAUAUUCGCAAUCGCUCUCACAAGGCUGAUCCGGAUCGUCACGAGGGACGGUGGCUUUGGAGCUGGUCUGUCGUCGAAAGCUUGGGCUACUUUCUCGAAUGUCUUUUGAUAUUCUUCUGAAAGACAUCAUAUCCUUGAUCAUUACAACAACUUGCCCAUAUCUUUGUUAUACAUAUGUCUGUCUGUUGUACUUCUAUACGUCAUUUGGAAGAAAAUCGGCCGUUUGCCUGCCGCGUAGAGUUAAGGGUUUUUUUUUUCUUCCUCGCGAAAGAUAGAUUUUUUUUUUUUUUUUUGAAGACUUACAAACUAGUAUGAUGCGAUUGUCGGAGGUUCCAUCUUUGAGAAAAACUUCGAGCAAGCUGUGUGCCAGGAACUCCGUUCUCUAUAUGAGAG